GGGGGGCGGAGAUGGAUUGUCGUGUAUUGUGAGAGGGGAUUUCUUUGCUCUGUCGUGGUCGUGCCGCGAGUGCCAUUCAGGGGGCGCCUGCUGCAUCUUCGGUGAUGCAGGGCGUUUCUCUGAAUGGUCGCUCGCGGCGGCCGACUGGCUGGCCUUUCGACGGGCUUACAUAUCCUUCCCUCUCUCUCUCUCUCUCUGAAUGUGCAUACACAUGUAUGCAUGCCCAAGGACAGGCCGACCGAUGCGCCACCCACUGUGUGUGUCCAUCCAUCCAUCCAUCCAUGUGUGACGCAUUGCUUGCUUCAUGCACACAGACAUGGCAGUGUGUGUUUCACACUCGUUGUCCAUCCAUACACACACAUGUCAUGACACCAGACAGACCGGCUGCUCCCAUGCAGUCAUUUUUGCCUCCUUGUGGGUGCACGGCGAUUGAUUGAUGCGUGUGGGUGGGUGGGUCGACGGGCGGGUUACCUUCCUCUCUCUCUGUGUGUGUCGUCCUGACUCCAUAUUGUUUUUGCGUGACCCCAUGGAUGCUGAUGCUGUGCGGAUACAUCUGCUGCAUGUGGUGGGUGGGAUGCGAUUUACGUGCGCCUGUGGUCCAUCUCUGCUGCCUUGCCUGAACACACCUAUGUAUAUAUAUAUACGUACACAUCCAUGCACCCACGGCCUCUCUAUCUGUCUCUCUCUGCAUGAAUGGCUGGAUCGGUUGAGAGACAUGGAGAUAAGCUAAGUGCGGUUCGCGAGAGAUCUGAGCUCGCAAAAUUCAAUCGUGAGCUCGCAUUCAAAGGGGAGAAUCGGAUCUGGCAAUGUGGACGCCAUUAUCUUCUUUGCUGGCCCUGCUGGGCGUCCUUCACACCCACGGCUUCCAUGCAUUCCUCCCGCGUCCCUCCCUCCUGCACUCCAGCAGCACCCGUCCCUCGCCUGCCCGCCUCUCCCCGUCCAUGUCCGUCUCGGCGCUGCAGAACAUCGCCACGAGCACCGCAGAGGCCCCGCCAGCGCCCGCUGAUCUGCCGAAGCGCAAUUAUCUUCGCAGCAUGAGGGCGAAUGUGGAUGCUAAGGUUGCUCAGAUGCUCUACGAGGAUAUGUGUCUCGGGCGGCAGUUCGAGGACAUGUGCGCCCAGAUGUACUACCGCGGCAGGGUGGCGGGCUUCGUGCAUCUCUACAACGGGCAGGAGGCCGUCAGUACAGGCAUCAUCAAGUGCCUCCGCAAGGACGACGUCAUCUCGUCGACUUAUCGCGACCACGUGCACGCUCUGAGUAAGGGCGUCCCGGCGCGGGAGGUCAUGGCGGAGCUGUACGGCAAGGAGACGGGCUGCUCCAAGGGCAGGGGCGGGUCCAUGCACAUGUUCUCCAAGGAGUGGGGCGUCAUGGGCGGCUUUGCCUUCAUCUCUGAGAACGUCCCCAUUGCCCUCGGGGCGGCCUUCAGCAUCGCGUACAGGCGGCAGCAGAUGCUCGACGAGUCGGCCGACCAGGUAGUCGUCUGCUUUCUCGGCGACGGUGCCAGUAACAACGGCAUCUUCUACGAAGCAAUGAACAUGGCCGCCCUGGCGCGACUGCCCAUCAUAUUUGUCGUCGAAAACAACAACUGGUAAGCGAUGACUGAAUGAGCAUACCUACUCCAUCCAUUGGAUGGGAGGAUGUUUCGUGUUGCCUGUGUUGUGUGCGUGCAGGGCCAUCGGUAUGGCUCACUACCGCUCUACAUCUGUGCCUGAGAUCUACAAGAAGGGACCUGCGUUUGGCGUGCCCGGCUAUGAGGUCGAUGGCAUGGACGUCCUGGCUGUCCGGGCAGCUGCACGCAAGGCUGUCAAGCGUGCGCGGGCCGGGGAGGGACCCACUCUCAUCGAGGCACUCACUUACAGAUUCCGGUGCGCUUCUCUCGAGAGAGCCAGGCAAAGGAGUCGGUAUCCAUUACUGUGUAUGUGUGUGCUCAGGGGUCAUUCUCUUGCUGACCCCGAUGAGCUGCGAGCCCCUCUCGAGAAGUCAGCCUGGCUUGCGCGUGACCCGAUCGCCACAUUUGGCGAGUACAUGAAGGACAUGGGCUACAGCAACGACUACCUCCUCAAGGAAACACAAAAGAAGGUCUGAAUGUGCACGAGCCUUCAUGGAGCCCUCAUGCACAUUCACACAUAUACUGUCGGUCUAUCUGUCUGUCUGUCUGCCUGUGUGUCAGGUCCGUGCUCUUGUCGAGGAUUCCGUCAGCUUCGCCGAAUCGUCACCCGAACCGAAAGUAGAGGUACGAGACGACCACGCAAACUCCUCGUCCACCGGUGUGCAUCUGGGUGCGGCUGUGACGAUGCAUUUUAUGCAGGAGGUCGGCGAGUACAUUUUUGCCGACGGGUACGUGCCUGAGCCGGAGCACUUCAGCGACGAGGAGCUGCACCAAUACGCAGUCGCACUCAAGGACGAACUGGACCAACAGGUAAGAUGGUCAAUGAUUGAUGGCUGGAUGGAUGGAUGGAUGCUUCCGUUGUUUGUUUGUCUUGGCUGUCUUGUGCGCAGGAGCGUCGCAAAGCUGGCGACAAGACUCCCCCCACCGCUGUGCAGCUGCAGAGGCAGCCUCUCAAGGUCAUCGACUGAAAACAGACAGAGGGAUCUGUCUGAGUGUCGUGCCUCUCUCUCUCUAUCUCUUUCUGUGAAUGUGAAUGCAUGCCUCUCUCUGUGUCGCUACGACGUUUUGAUCAUGACUGUGCUUGCCUGUCCCCUCUCCUACACACGCACAAUGGCUGCAUGCGUGAGCGUGAUGUGAUGCGAUUGAUGCCAUCCUUGUUUGAGCCAUACAUACAUUCAUCCAUCCUUGUCCUGUGUGUUG